AUGGCCAGCGCCAGCGCAUCUAGGAGCGUGGCUCCCGGAGCAGCCCUGCUCCGGUCGUCUCGCAUGUUCUCCAUGCCAGCGCCCAUUCCAGCACCGACUGAUCUCUCACAAGCGACGAGGCACAAGUCACCGACCGCCACAACGCCAUUCCCUACCCACCUCACAGUAACGACACCCGAAUCAUCGCGCGCGGUUGGAGAUUGGGGCUUCAAGCGGCCGCUGCCCUUGAAGACGACCACAAAGUCAUCCUUGCCGCUGCUGAAGGUCAAGAAGGUCGACUCGAUCGAACAAGUCACCGACUUUGGAUCCUCCUCAGACCAUGCCAUUACUCUGAAGAAAUGGCAAGAGAUGAACAUGAACAUCACCGUGCCCCGAGAAGGCACCGACUCCAGGCCUGCCAAGUCUGUCUUUGAAGAUUACAGCGACGUGACUUCGCUAAGCGCCGAGGACAAGGUGAAGAAGGAAAAUGUGCGCUGGAAGUUUAGCGGACCAUGGCUAGCCGGCAUGACCGAUGGCGAAUUCGAGCAGUACCUGUCAAAUACCGUGCGGGAGAGGCGCCAAGAAUUCCGCGAGUACUUGAAGCAGCAGCUUGCUUCUGAAUUAACUGAGGAGCAAAGCGCAUUGGCGAGUGAGAAGGCAGAGCCAGUUCCGGCGCCCACACUGGCCAACGAUAUUACCGAAGAGACGUUGACCGAGUAUCUCCGGAAACUUCGUGGCGACCGUAUUCUGCUCUUCCAGCAUGUUAGCAGAUUUUUGGAUCUUGCUCCGCUGGCUCCUGAGUCGACCACAUUGGAAGCUCUUGACAGACUGAACCCGAACAAGAAGUACGAAAUCGCUCUGAGUCCUUAUGCUCGAAAUGGUCCGCCAGUUACACACCCAUCCGCCGGACUUUCGUACCUGCGCACCAACAACUACCUCGAAAACCACCCCAUUUAUGGUCCUCAACAGUACCAUGCUCCGGUCAAGGCCAGAAUUGUGACACCAAGACAGAGCUCGUCUGGCUGGGUAGCCAAGAUUGGUGUGGGAGGUUUCAUCUCCAAGAUUCCUGAGGGUGAAACUUCUUUCAAUUACACUUCCUCUCUGGGCAAGGGAGCCCAAGAAAGGAUUCCUGGCCUCAACAAUUUCCUUCCCGACGUUCAGGGAGGUUCCAAGGUGUACGUGCGUCCUGAAAGGGCCUCGAUCGAGUCGAGCGGAAAAAUGAUUCUCGAGUUUGGUGCCACCGAUCCGAAUGCUUCAGUUGUGCACAAGGAAAUGGUCGGUGAAGCCUCAGUCUUUGAAGAUGCUUCAAAGGAGAGGCACGAGAUUCGGGUGGAGAGACCCAUGCAUACGCACCAAUCGUUCCGCCGGCUGAGGAGACAUAUCACUAGCAGCUCUGCCAGCUAUGGUAUCACAAAGGAGUAA